CGUAAAACCACGUACACGCAAACACGAAUGAUCCUUUUUGAAAUCGAAAAGAUCCCACUCACUUUUUACGCAAGCGCAGCAACUCCUCGUUGGAUUCAUCCACCGGAUUUCCCCAUCGGAUCAACACUAACUUAGUCACAACGCUGUACGUACGAACAUAGCACCUUCUUCUUUCGACGGAGAUAGUUGUAAAAGAUAGCGUGCUCCAUCUCCAACUUUCAUCUGCCAACGACCAAAUCAAAACCUCAGCACAACAACUCCUGCAACAAAAAAAAAACCAACAGCAGCGACUCGUUGCUUGCGAAGUUUUAAAAAAGGCUAGUUUUUUUUUGUGUGAAAUUUCACGGAAAGUAGAAGUUAGUAGUAGAACACAAAAAAAAUGUUGGACGCAUUGUACACCAUCGCCUUUGUGGUGGUCCCGGGCGUCUACUUGCUGGGAGGAAAUGUCGUUUCCGCGGUCCGCAACCCGCUGGGGGUGACGCCGAAAACCAUCGAAACGCAGAGGAAAGGGUAUGGUGUCCAGAUUCUCCUCGCCUUGCUGGAAAAGCCGUUGGUCUGCUUCUUCGGCCCGGUCUACGUCGCGCUGUUCCUCAGGUUCGGACCAUUUUCUUGCAUGCAAUAAUGCCUUUUUUCGUCCUUGUAAAGAAGAAAGGACAAAAAUGUUGUCCCCGUUUGCAUCAUAAGAAUAAAUAGGAUUUCUCGCGCGGGAGGGAGGCGCGAUAAUAAAUUGCUCGGCGUACUACUACAACAAUUACAAUAUCAACAGCUACAACUGCGGCCUGCCGUUCCUGUGGGCGUUUCUGAUCUCCCUGACUUACCCGGUGUACGUGCUGCUGUGCUGCGGCAUCCUGUUCACCCAGUCGCAGGAGUACGGCGAAGCGUCGCAGGGCAUUCCGUCCGAAAUUGAGAAGAAGCAGAACGAACUGCUCGUCUUCCACGACAAGGACUUCAAAAAGGAGUGGUUGGGAAAGAAGAUUCCCAUGGAAACCGCCAUCGAAGCCUACCAGGACCAAAAAAUCGACUUCAAGGGAGCCAACGGUAUAGAAUAACUACUUCGACCGAAGUUUGAUGGUUUCAUCUCAUAGGAAAAUUCAAAUUCGUUUCGCGUCAUGCCGGAUGAAAAUAACUACCACCAGAUGGAGUUUAGAAGGGCUUUAGAUAGAAAAAUAUUUAUCUCAAAGGCAAACAAGCAACCGAAUUAUUUUUAACACAUUGAAAUUUCAGGAAAGGACGACAUCAUGAACACCAUGAUGAGCCGCUACGAAAUCUUCAAAUUCUCCGUCACGAAGGAAAACAUCGCUUCCAUCUUCCAGGACUUGCUGCGGUAUACUAUCGAUUGAUUUUUCUUUUGGUUCUCGUCGUAAUCGUUCUUUUCCUCUCACAAAUAUGCAAAUGACAAAUCAAAAUUCUUAUAAGAUUUUACUUCUAAGAGACACCCCUCAACGUUCAAAACAGCCGCGUUUGGAAGCAUGACGAGGACGCGGACAAGGCGGAUGUGUCGGACGUGUACAACCGGGGCAACGAUUUCUACGGCUGGUUUUUGUGCGACAAGAUGCUCUACUCGGUCGGCCUCUGGCCGUCGUCCGACCCGCAGAACUUUGACGACAACAAAAAAAUGAACGAAAUGAUGUCGGAAGCCCAGACCAAGAAGCUGGACAAGAUCUGCAGCGAACUCUGCAUGAUGAAGCCGGGCAUGAAGCACCUCGAUCUCGGCUGCGGCUGGGGUGCCCUCAUCCUCCACGCGACCGGCAAAUACAAGGUGACAGACUUAUUAUUUUCAGAAUCAAUUUUUUUUUUUAUAGCCGCAUAAGAAACUAAGUCACGGCUUUCUGUUCGCUGUGCAGCUCUAUUUUGGAGAUCUUCCGUAUGCAAUCUGCUGGUUCACGGAUUUUCAUCUCUACCUAGAAAAAUGCAAAACGGUAUCGAUUUUUUUCUAUUUUCACCAAAUAAAAAUGAUCAGGUCGAAUCCACGGGAAUCACGCUUUCGCAAGAACAAGCGAACUUCAUCGCCGGCAAGGACACCGAGAAGAGGACGGACGUGAAAGUGAUCAACGCCUGGACCUGGUUGGAUGAAAAAAUCAAGGAGGGCGUCAAGUACGACGUGAUUACCUGCCUGGAAAUGUCCGAGCACAUCGGCGUCCGCGACUACCAGAAGUUCUGCCAUGCCGUAUCAAAAUUUUUUUUGCCGCUUGGUUGUUUUUGUAUUUGGUGAUAUCAGAAUUUUUUCUUGUUUUUUUCUCAUGGAUUUUGGUACGAUUGAUUCGUUCAUUAAGCUUGUUCUAUCUCCACUUCUCCGCAGGUCCGACAAGUGCUGAAGGAUGAUGGCGUCUUUUACCUGCAAAUCGCCGGCCUGCGUCGCAACUGGCAGUAUGAGGAUCUGCUGUGGGGCCUGUUCAUGAACCGGUAUGAUUGAAGAUUUCCUUUAGAAAUGCCUGAAUAUCCACCGCGCUUAGCUUCCUAGGUUGUAAUUGUAUGCAGGGCGUUUUUGGCCUUUUUCUCUUUGGCAGCGUUAUUCACCGGUACUUGAUUAUGAUUUGCAUUUGUUUCUGUUACGAGUUAGAGUUCUUACGACUCCGAUCACCUUAUCACACACAGCUACGUGUUCCCGGGCGCCGAUGCCUCCUGCCCGCUGUACUGGGAUGUGGAGCAGCUGGAGAGGUCCGGUUUCGAAAUCCGGUCCAUCGGCAACGAGGGCGUGCACUACGGCCUGACCAUCUACGCCUGGUACAAGAACUGGCUCCACAACAAGACCAAGGUCGUCGCCAAGUACGGGGAGCACAGCUGGAGAAAUUGGGCCAUCUUCCUCAGCUGGUAUAAAGAAAAUUUCUAUUGUGUUGUACUACGGGCUGCUACCCGUCAUGAGAUAGUCGCUUUUUUUUGUUCGUGUAGCAUGAAUUCUUCUGGAAUCUGGAUGCAACAUGUUGAUGAUGCCGACCCUCUAUCUCAAUCAUGCCCUCGUUCUCCCAAAACCCCAGGUCCUACCUGAUCGCGAUGCAGGGAAGCAGCACCGUGUACAUGAUUGCGCUGACCAAGAACUUCCCGAACGAUGUGCGGUCCCGCAAGGCACUGUCCAAGGACGCGAUUGCCGAUUUCGGAAUCAACCGCGCCAAGCUGGUCGUCGACAAGGUGCGCGACACCCCCAAGUGA